AUGAGGAAGUUGUUGAAAGUUGAUGAGAAAAUUAGUACUUUAAAGAAAGCAAAAAAAGAUGGAAAAUGGAAGUAUUUAUCCAUCAUACAGGAUAUGCGAAACAAUUGUGCAAAACAGUUCGAGGAGCAAACGAUUGAAUUUAUGACAUUCUGUAAAAUUGCGCCAAAAUGGUGA